AAUAUUUUCAACCGGAAACAAAUGAGUGGAAAUUUAUGCAAUCAAUGUCCCGAAAACAUCAUUAUCACCAAUUGAUUGCACACUCUGACGGCUAUUUGUACUCAAUUGGUGGUAAUGUUAACAAUGAUGAUAAUAAGGCAUCAAAUUUUGUUGAAAAAUAUGAUCUAGCUAAUAAAUCGUGGACACCUGCAGCUAGUAUGAUCAAUGAAAGAUCAUCGUUUGGUUCAGUAUCAUUUAUGGACAAACUGUAUAUAUGCGGCGGUAAAGGCUAUGCAGUGUCGACGGCACUAAAUAGCUGUGAAAUGUAUGAUUCAAUUACAGAUAAAUGGAUACAAAUAGCUUCAAUGCAAGAAAAACGUAUUUAUAUGGAACUAUUGAAAUACAAUGAUAAACUAUAUGCUAUUGGAGGAGAAAAUUUAAACACAUUUGAAGUCUAUGAUUAUAAAUCCAAUAGUUGGAGUCAUACAACACUAUUGCCGACAAAAAUGUGGGAUUUUGGGGCUACAGUUAUCAAAGAAGUGUAA